AUGGGGUUGUCCUCCAGAGGUGUUAGAGUGAUAGCAGCAGAACCUCCACCAUAUUGGAACAUGAAAGAAUGGAUUGAUGGAUUUAAACGGCUUAUAAAUUAUUUAGAAUUGGACAAAGUGCAUAUUUUUGGAGCUUCCCUAGGAGGCUUUAUGGCUCAGAAGUUUGCAGAGUUGACAAAAAAUUGCCCUAGAGUAGCUUCCCUGGUAUUGUGUAAUACUUUUACUGACACUUCUGUUUUUGAGUACAAUGAUUCUGCAGCAUUAUUUUGGCUCCUACCAUCUUUAGUGCUUAAAAGGAUGUUAAUGGGAAAUUUUACAACUGAUAAAAUUGAUAAGAGAAUAGCAGAAUCUAUUGAUUUCAUGGUAGAAAGGCUGGAAUCACUCAACCAAUCGGAACUCGCAUCUAGACUUACUCUUAAUUGCACUCCGUGCUACAUAUUACCACAACAACUAAAUGACAUUCCAAUCACAAUAAUGGAUGUGUGGGAUGAGAGUGCACUUAGCUCGAGAGUCCGUGAAGACCUCUAUAAGUCAUACCCACAAGCCAAAUUAGCACAUUUAAAAAGUGGUGGUAAUUUUCCUUAUCUAAGCAGAAGCGAUGAAGUUAAUUUACAUUUGCUGAUUCAUUUGAGGCAGUUUGAUGGUACCGAGUUAUCAUCAUCAUAUUUAAGUCUUCUUAAAAUGCCUGCUCAGUCAAGUAGCCAAUCUGAAGAGGGCUCAGUUAGCUACUUUAAUCAAAGAGAUAAAUUUGUUAAAAUAUCA